CACACACACACACACACACUUUUUUUCCCCACAAAGGAAAGGAAAGAAGUUGCAAUACUGGAUAUUUGCCAUUUAUAAGGACGUCUGAGGUGAGGAAUUUUGAGACACAGAAGCAGAAAAGAAGAAACAGCAUCUCUAUUUUCUGCUGUUGUGUUUGAUUUUCUAACCAAGGAAUUAAGGAUGCCAUCCACCUUCUGGACCAUUGCAGUCUCGUCACUGCUUUUAAUGGUCAGAUCUGCAGUUCUGGUCAAUGUAGAGAAAAAUGCUCAGCUCUGUUCCUUUAGGAGGGACACUUCCAAGGACCUUACCAACAGCAACUUGAACAUGAUACCAUCAGACUUACCAGAUGACACUGAAUACUUAGAUGUCUCCGGAAACAAUAUUUCUAGUAUCAUCCAUGAUAACCUCUACAGACUCACUCGCCUGUGUUUCCUCAAGAUCACGCACUGUGGCCUUCGAUUCAUCUCCCAUGAUGCCUUUUAUAACAACUCAGAACUCAAGGUUCUCAAUAUUUCCUACAACCCACUGAUUGUGAUACCGUACUUGCCUCUGCCACAGCUUAGGAUCUUAGAUCUUUCCGGCAAUGAUUACGACAGCUAUACUCUUCCAGCUUUUUUCAGUAACUUGACAUAUCUUACUACCUUUGCAAUAGGAAGUCCAAACGUAACAUCACUUGAAAUAGAUGACUUGGCACCACUUCGAAAUACAAAUUUAAAACAAUUCACAUUUGGAGGUGGCACUAUGAUGCAAAAAUAUGAAACUGGUUCUUUUGCCCAACUUAGAUCAUUGGAGGAAGUGUCUCUGAGAGUGACAUUCUGUCAUAAUUUUGAUAUUUUCAAAAGCAUGUCGAAGGACCUUGACCAAACACAUACAAAGAGAAUUAGGCUGAUCAAGCUCUUUCCAGAUCAGUGUACAAUUACAAGUGAUCCUUUCGACAGCCUUGAGAAACUCCAUGUACUUUCCAACUUAACUAUAGUGGAUACCUUGAUGAACAGCUCUGUCAUGGUGAAACUCCUCCAAAAUAUCUGGAAGUCAUCUUUUGAGGAACUUGCAUUUCUAAACAUAACUUAUAAUGAAGAUACUCCAUAUGGAUUUCAAUUCCCCAGUCAGAACCAUACACCCAGUUUACAAGCAGUGGUUUUUAAUGGUGUGAACCACUAUCAGUAUCGGUAUCCUACUAUCAACAUGAGCAUGGACUUGAUUUCUCAACUGACUUACUUGAAGUUCUCUGGUACUGGAAUGAAUAUUCUUCCAUGCAAUCUCAUUUCAGUUAUACCAUCACUGCAAAUUUUGGACCUGUCCAACAACCUUUUGGAUGAUACAGGAUUCUGGUGGUAUUUGUGUUCAUAUGAGGGUGUGUUUCCAGCUUUGAGACGGCUUUCGUUAAACAACAAUCGUUUUUCUGACCUGGCAUAUAUUUCUAAGAGGACACAUGAAAUGAAGGUUUUAACAUCCCUCGACUUAAGUUUCAACUCCAUUCAGAUUGGAUCGGAUCCAUGCUCCUGGCCUUCACACCUCACUGAACUAAAUCUCAGCCAUAACAACUUGGGCGACGCUAUAUUUCAAUAUCUGUCCCCUCAUUUCCAAAAGAUUGACCUCUCCAAAACAGGCAUAAGUGUCAUCUCCCAAAACAUCCUCUCACAGUUCCCCAGACUCACACAUCUCAUCCUGAGCUUUAACAGCAUACAGUUCAUCCCCUCAGAUCUCCAUGCACCUGCACUGCAAACCCUUUAUGUUGAUCAGAAUGCCAUUACGUCCAUUGACCAGGCUGCACUGGAGGGCCUCUCCAGCCUGAAGACUUUAAAAGCAGGUAACAAUCCAUUUAUCUGUGAUUGUGACUCUUUUUGGUUUGUGACCACAUUGAAUAAGGCUCUUCUUCCGGACUGGCCAUUAGACUACACAUGCAGUUCUCCACCAUCACUAGCAGGAAAGUACUUAGACUCGUACAAACCGGGAAAACUUCCAUGUCUACCAGGACUCCAGGCAGCAGUGGCUCUACCAGUAAUUAUUACUAUUACAGCUGCUUUGGGCAUCAUUUUCUAUGUAUGUGAUGGUGUCUGGUACACCAAAAUGCUCUGGGUAUGGAUAAGAGUGAAGCGUCGGCGCACCAAACAGGCAGAUAAAUUGAUGAACAGCACCUUUCUUUACCAUGCAUUCAUUUCCUACAGCCAGCACGAUUGCACCUGGGUUGACUCUGAACUAGUCCCGACUUUGGAGGGUGCAGGCUUGUCCAUCUGCAUUCACGAGCGAGACUUUGUACCUGGCCAGUGGAUUCUGGACAAUAUCAUUAGUUGUGUGGAAAGCAGCUACAAAACAAUCUUUAUCCUGUCAAAGCACUUUGUUCAGAGUGAAUGGUGCAACUAUGAGCUCUUUUUCGCUCAGCACAGAGCGAUUAGUGUGAAGGAUGACUCAUUGGUCUUUAUUCUGUUGGAACCCAUUCCAUCUGACUCUUUACCUAAGAAGUUCUUGAGGCUAAGAACUUUGCUAAGGCAAAAAACCUAUCUGGAGUGGCCAAAAGAUGAAACCAAAAAAAAAGUUUUUUGGUCUAGUCUCAGGUCCAUCCUGCAGACUGCAGACAAAAGUAUGGUGAUGAAAGAGAUUGCUUUUGACAUAGCUGAAAAUGCUCUUUUAUUGAAUGCUCAAAAGUAAAAUUUCCUACAAACUGCCAUUUUACUCAAGUUUACUUUUGUGUCAAGGGUUGCUGCAGGAGAACCAAAAUAAUAGCAGCAUGUACGGUACCUUAGCGUUUUAUUCUUCUGAUACCACAGUAAUUUGUCAGUGAUUCAUUUUUGUAUUAAUGAAACAACAUAUACUUUUUUUCUUUAUACUUAAAUUUAAUGAUGCGAACAUUGACAAACAAGUUAGUUCCUGUUAUCACUUCUCUUAUAGCAGCUAUAAACAAUUGUUCCCUAACCAGCCCCCUUCUCUCUCUCUCUCUCUCUCAGUUAAGAAGACAAAAAAGUAUAGCAUGUGUAGCAGCUUCUCAUGUUAUGGAGAAAGUACAGACUUUUCUGUGUCAGAAAACUUAACCUGUUCAUGCAGCGCGUCUUCCAAACAAGUCUCUGUGUUAGUUGUGAGAGAAAUGAUAAUACAUUCGAAUAAGUGCAUUAAUGUGGGGCGUCGUGGCUCAGGUGGAUAAGGCGCCAUACCAUAAAUCCGGGGACCUGGGUUUGAUUCCGGCCUGAGGUUAUUUCCCAAUCCCUCCCCGUCUCUCUCUCCCGCUCAUUUCCUGUCUCUACUAUACUGUCCUAUCCAAUAAAGGUGA